AUGGCCCCGCCCACCUCCACAGCGCUCCUCGGCCCUCCCGUGGCCGCCCUCAACACCAACAUCGCUGCUGCUGCAGAUUCCCGGCCCACCAGCAAGGCGUCGUCAUCCUCCGACUCCGAUGACUCAUCCGUGGCGCCGUACGGCGGCGUGGCCAAGGAGGCGUCGCGGUCUGGUCGGGCGCUGGCCUACGCCUCGUCCGGCGACCCGUGCGUCGACUUCUUCUUCCAGAUCGUCCCUGGCGCCACCUCGGCCGCUCACCUGGCGGCACUCCUCGACGUCGCCUGGUCUCGGGACGCGCGCACCGCGCUCAGGCUCGUCUGCCACCUCCGCGGCGUGCGCGGCCUGGGCAAGGGCGAUAGGGAGGGCUUCUACGCUGCCGCGCUCUGGAUGCACGCGCGCCAUCCCAAGACGCUCGCCGGGAACCUGGCCAUCUUCGCCAGGUUCGGCUGCCUCAAGGACCUGCCCGAGAUCCUCUACCGCGUACUCCACGGCGACCGCAAGGGCGGCGACGACGGCGACCGUCGCAAGCAGCAGAACGUACACCGCCACGGCAUGAAGCGCCGGCGCAGCGAUCGCGAGUUUCAGGCUGCCAAGGAGACGAAGCGCCAGGAGGAGGCGCAGCUCGCGCGGUCGGCGCUCUCGCGCUACGAGUCCGACGAGGCUUUCCGCUUCCUCUACGAUGGCGUGACUGAGAUGUUCGCCGAGAUGCUGAAGUCCGACGUCGAGCACCUGCGCGUGGGCGACACCACCAAGAUCGGGCUCGCGGCCAAAUGGUGCCCGUCGCUCCGCUCGUCCUACGACCGUGCGACCCUGCUCUGCGAGGCCAUAGCCCGCCGCAUAUUCCCGCGCGAGUCCAGCCAGGAGUACCUCAACAUCUCGGACAAGCACUAUGCCUACCGCGUCCGUGACCGGCUCCGCCGCGAGGUUCUGGUGCCACUGCGCAAGGCCCUGGAGCUCCCGGAGGUGUACAUGUGCGCGUGCAAGUUUGAAGAGCUGCCGUACGCGCGGGUGGCGUCCUUGGCGAUGAACAAGUACAAGGAGGUGUUCCAGAAGCACGACAAGCACCGGGUGGCCGGCUUCUUCGACGAGGUGCGCACCGGUCUCGCCAGGAUGCCGGCGGACGCGGUGCUGCCACACGAGUUGAUUGCCGCAGCGCUUAAGGGGGAGCACGACGAGGCUGCCGAGCUCCAGUGGCGUCGCAUGGCGGCCUCUCUAGCCGCUGAGGGGCGCCUGGCAAACUGCAUAGCGGUGUGCGGGCUCUCCGGCGCCACCUUGGCCGCCACGGACACAGCGGCCUCUGCAGCCAUCGCACUGGGGCUCCUCAUCUCUGAGCUGAGCCAGGAGCCGUGGAAGGGGCGCGUGAUCACCUUCAACGAGACGCGCCAGCUGCACAAGGUGCUCGGCACGAGCCUCAAGGAGAAGCUGCGGCCGCUGGUGGAGUCCAUGGGGAAGCAUAAGAAGGGCGCGAACCUGCAGGGCGUGUUUAGCAAGAUCCUGCAGCUGGCGGUGGCCGGCGGGCUGUGCAGGGACAUGAUGGUGAAGAGGGUGUUUGUGCUGAGCGACAUGGACUUCGACGGGUGGACGGGCACCGCGUCCCUGUGGAAGACAGAGUACCAGGGCAUCUGCGACAAGUUCGCAGCCGAGGGGUUCACGGCGCCGCAGGUGGUGUUCUGGAACGUGGGGACCUCCAAGGCCUCCACGCCGGUGGUGGCAGCGCAAGAGGGCACGGCCCUGGUGAGCGGCUACUCCAAGAACCUGGUGAGACUCUUCCUGGAGGCGGAUGGCGAGCUAACGCCGGCCGCCGUCGUGGCAGAUGCCAUCUCUGGCCCGGAGUAUGAGGCGUUAGAGGUGUUCGACUAA